AUGAAUCUUGCGUUUUGGAACGACCUCUGUCAAAAACCCACGUUACCAGCUUCCAGUGAAAAAUAUGCACAGCUUGUUUACGAUUCUACAACACAAUUACAACAAUGCUUCGACUCCAUCUUGUCAGCCUUGAAUCUACGCGACAUGGGCUUGACAAAGUGUGCCAACUACGAAUCGGCUGUUCGCGAUGCCCAACUUUUGCAACGCAUGUCACCAUCUUCACCCCUUGGGUAUAUACGGGAAGCCGAAGUUUACAUCCAGCAAGGAAAACCACACCGCGUCAUUAUUAUCUGCAGCCAAGGGCUCGGUGCUGUUGAUAAAAAGGAUGCACACUAUGCGACAUUGCAGCGUACAAGAGAGGAUGCUGAGCAACGCGAAAUCAAACGCAUUGACUUUAUCAGCAAACUUCCUGUCGACAUUGUCAUGACAACGCUCCUACCGUUAAUCAUUCCCAGUUGUCCUCUGGAGGCAUGGGUACCUCAACCGGAGCUGAAUGUGUCUAUUGGAUGGCGUGAACGCUUCGCUCAAUGCUUUGGUGGAUUGCAAUUUAUAAUCGAUGAUGCUUAUUACGAAGGAUGCCCACAAGUUGCUCGGCUUUCUCAAUACACCAAGACAUUGAAGAUCGCUUAUUAUUCAGGAGAAGCAUGGUUGAGUGAUUUAUUACUUGGAAAUAACUUUGGCUCAUUAAGGGAGCUAUGUAUUUAUCAGUAUAGAAAUCCACAAGAUGGCUACUUUUUGUCAGCAUUAAAGUCGAUCAGCACCACGUUGACGGAUCUAUUUAUCUCCCUUCACACCGAGGAUGGCGUAUUAUCGAUAGCCGACAUUGUCUCCACUUGCCCCAAUUUGAGUACAUUACGAGUGAUGGGAUUCCAUGGAGUUGACUUGAGUUCUCUUCCUACGACACCGAUGCCGAAGAUGACACUAUUAUCGAUUACCUUGACAAGAGAUGUUAUCAGCAAGGAGGAGGUGGUUGGGAUUAUGGAACGUUUUCCAUCGCUCAAGAAACUCAUACUCUCGCCGUGCAUUGAUCUACAAUCUGCAUUUGUGGUCCCAAAGUAUUGUCCAUCAUUGCACGACCUUCGGAUUAACGUUUACAAUGAAGAAAGAAAGGCCGAGCUUACGUAUGCGGAUAACGGGCAGCCAUACGGAAGGCCUGGAAUUACGGAUCUUUGUAUGGGCAACUACGCAUGGCAUCAUUUCAAUCAACACGAGAUCGCAGCCCUCUUGAAGGAUUAUUCGAGUACACUCAAUCGCAUGAAAUGGUAUAUGCCAUUGGACAACUACAACGACAACGAGAUCACUGCUAUCGAAUACCCUUGCCUUACGAAGCUUGUGAUUGAAUCUGCUGGUUGGUGGCUACCACCCAAUGCUCCCAUGCUUGAGGACCUGACGAUAACAUCCAGGGCCAUAUGCUCAAAUCAUACAGUGCUUGAUACGAUCCCACCCAAAUUGAAAAAGUUGACACUCCUCCUUUCCCGUGGAAGCAGUCCUGACAACAUGGCGCCCAUCAUACGAUAUCUCGGUCGCUUUUCCCAUCAUUCCCAUUUGAAAGAGCUUGUUGUCCGGUUCGAUAGCAUGGAACAAAUGCAUCAAGGGCUCCCUAUUAUCUCCCGUUUGAAUCAGCUUGAGCGUUUGACAAUCUUGGACUAUAUGUGGGAUUACCCGACAACGAUCCUUGAAGAGCUUGUGAAUGGUUGCCCCCAGUUGAUAUAUCUUGAUAUCGGAUUAGGAAGGCCACCAACCACACAUGCGAUCAAUAUUUUGAAACGCCUUCAAUAUUUACAACACUUUACGGUUUCAAUUAAUGGCAUCAUGUACCAUGGUGACUUUUUGGCCGCCUUGCACACAUUUUCACAGCUAAAGUGUAUUCGAAUUCGCCCUCAGCAUCGCCUCAACAAAGUAAACAAGGAUGCAAUUGGCCGUCUCAUGAUGCACCGACCUGAUUUGGAAGUUAUAGUUGUCGACAGAAUGCUGCAGGAAUUCACUAACCUAUUAUAA